CGCGGACUCUAUGGUCGGCGGGCGGGUGUCAUGGACGGCGCCGAUUCCGACGAGUUUUCGUCGUCCGAGGAGGACGAGGACUACGUGCCCUCCGGUGGAGAGUACAGCGAAGACGAUGGGAGUGAGUUAGUGAGGGAGGAUGAAGUGGACGGAGGAGAAGAGUCUGUGCCAAAAAGCCAAAAAAGGAAGUCUCAAAGCGUCCCCGCCAGGAAGAGGAAGAAAGCCGGCCUGUCCGUAGAGACGGAAGAGGCAGACGGCAAAGCCGAAGAAAGCAGCGGCGCCGAGGACGAGGCUGCGGCCGAGCAGGGCAAACGUAGUAAGUCAGAGGAUGAAAGGAAGAAGAAGGAAGACGCGCUGUGGGCGAGCUUCCUCAGUGACGUGGGGCCCAAGGCCAGAGACCCUCCCGGAGCUCACGUCCAGACGGCGACGGACUCACAAGCGAAGAGCUCAAGCAAGCCCCCGGUGACCCAGAAAGAGCCGGAGAAGCCGAAAGGAGCCGAGAAGGUUACCAUCACCAAGGUUUUCGAUUUCGCAGGGGAAGAGGUCAGAUUGGAGGUGACUGGAGCACAGAGAAUUUCAGCGAUUGGCCAAAGGGAACACAGCGGAAGAGCGACGGAGCCGGGAUUAGAGCUCACGUCCCUUUGACCCCCAGGCCCGUGCUGUAUCCAUUAGGCCACGCUGAAUCCCCGUCUUCCCAAGACAACAGUCUGUGCUUGCAUUAUCAUGAUCAGUGGUGUUUUUUUG